UAAGAAUGUAUGCUUUUGUUUCGAAGGCCAAUGGCAGAACAUCCGGCUCUACUUGAUGAACUUGACAAGCUACACUUUUUUGACUACAACUACGGCAAGCGAUCAGCAUAUUUAUUAGCUGACACUCCUGCCCACGAACGCAAUGUAAUAUUUUAACACCACUUAUUUAACGAGUUAUUAAGAAUUAUUAUUAAAGGCCUCUUAAAUCACAGUUAGCUUAACGUGUACAAAUGCUAUUUUAAUGCGUCACGCAAAAUUAAAUAACGCGUUUCUUAGUCAAAGCGCGUGUGGGCUUCCGUACCGCUGAGACUCGCGGAAGAACCGGUGAAUCGCAGCAUUAAACCGUAACAGGCAGCGUUUGUAGUCGGAACGAUGAGCCGGAGCUACAACGAUGAGCUGCAGUACCUGGAGAAGAUCAGCAGCAACUGCUGGAGGAUUAAAAAAGGCUUCGUGCCCAACAUGCAGGUUGAAGGAACCUUCUACGUGAACGAGCCCCUGGAGAAGCUGAUCUUCGAGGAGCUGCGUAACGCCUGUCGAGGAGGAGGUUUUGGCGGUUUCCUUCCCGCCAUGAAACAAAUCGGGAAUGUGGCGGCGCUGCCGGGGAUCGUGCACAGGUCCAUCGGGCUCCCCGACGUCCACUCCGGUUACGGGUUCGCGAUCGGAAACAUGGCGGCCUUCGACAUGAGCAACCCGGACGCCGUGGUGUCUCCAGGGGGCGUCGGCUUCGACAUAAACUGCGGCGUCCGUCUGCUGAGGACCAACCUGGACGAGGGCGACGUGCAGCCGGUGAAGGAGCAGCUGGCCCAGGCGCUGUUCGACCACAUCCCAGUGGGGGUCGGCUCCAAGGGAGUCAUCCCCAUGGGGGCCAAGGACCUGGAGGAGGCUCUGGAGAUGGGGGUGGACUGGUCCCUGAGGGAGGGGUACGCCUGGGCCGAGGACAAGGAGCACUGCGAGGAGUACGGCAGGAUGCUGCAGGCCGACCCCAACAAAGUGUCCUCCAAGGCCAAGAAGAGAGGCCUGCCGCAGCUGGGGACGCUGGGAGCAGGAAACCACUACGCUGAGAUCCAGGUGGUGGACGAGAUCUACAACGACUACGCCGCCAAGAAGAUGGGCAUCGACCACAAAGGUCAGGUGUGUGUGAUGAUCCACAGCGGCAGCAGAGGGCUCGGACACCAGGUGGCCACAGAUGCUCUGGUUGCCAUGGAGAAGGCGAUGAAGAGGGACAAGAUCGUAGUGAACGACCGUCAGCUGGCCUGCGCUCGCAUCUCGUCUCAGGAGGGGCAGGACUACCUGAAGGGGAUGGCUGCUGCAGGGAACUACGCCUGGGUCAACCGCUCCUCCAUGACCUUCCUCACCAGACAGGCCUUUUCCAAGGUGUUCGUCACGACGCCCGACGACCUCGACAUGCACGUCAUCUACGACGUCUCUCACAACAUCGCCAAGGUGGAGGAGCACAUGGUGGACGGGAAGCAGAAGACGCUGCUGCUCCACCGCAAAGGCUCCACCCGGGCGUUCCCCCCCCACCACCCGCUCAUCCCCGUGGACUACCAGCUCACCGGGCAGCCGGUGUUGAUCGGAGGAACGAUGGGAACCUGCAGCUACGUGCUCACGGGCACCGAGCAAGGCAUGACGGAGACGUUCGGCACCACCUGCCACGGAGCGGGUCGCGCUCUGUCCCGAGCGAAGUCCCGCAGGAACCUGGACUUCCAGGACGUCCUGGACCGACUGGCGGACCAGGGCAUCGCCAUCCGAGUGGCUUCCCCCAAACUGGUGAUGGAGGAGGCUCCGGAGUCAUACAAGAACGUGACGGACGUCGUCAACACGUGUCACGACGCUGGCAUCAGCAAGAAGGCCAUCAAGCUGCGGCCCAUCGCCGUGAUUAAAGGUUAAAGGUCAAAGGCCAUCGCCGUGAUUAAAGGUUAAAGGUCAAAGGCCCAUCGCCGUGAUUAAAGGUUAAAGGUCAAAGGCCAUCGCCGUGAUUAAAGGUUAAAGGUCAAAGGCCCAUCGCCGUGAUUAAAGGUUAAAGGCCAAAGGCAUUUGUUUUGAAUAAAGAGCACUUUUCUUCAAAGAAA